UAAAGAUGCAUCCCCACGGCAUCAUGAAACGAAAAACUAUUACGUUUACGCUGAAAUGGGACUAGCCCUUAACACCUAUAGUUUUACUUCUAACAACUUUUAACUUUAUGGUCAUUUCGGAAUUGUGAAGCGUGUGAAGCAUUUUGUUUGCCCUGUGACAAUGUAGAUAUUAAUCAAUCUUUUUCUAAUAUAUUGUUAAGUUUAGUGAAUUUUAUCGGUGCAAUUUUCAAUAAAUUCUUACAAAUUUAAAAUGAGUAAGUCCAAACGCACUUAUACGAAAAAGUAUAAUGAAAGUUGGGAAAAGGAACCUGAAUUUAGAGACUGGCUACAAAGAACGACUGAUAUUUUAAUUCAAAUGGGAAAACAAGAGGCUUAUUGCCGAUUAUGCAAAUCGACACUUCGUCCUCAUAGAACUGAUUUAUCUGAUCACGCUAAAACUACCAAACAUCAGAGAGCUUUGUCUAAUUUACCAAAACCAGGAAGCGGUCAACUAAAAUUAAAUUCUUAUCCAGGUUUCGAAGGUACAAGUGAAGAGUCGAAGAAAUGUGAUCUUAAGAUCUCCGUUUUCACAGCGUGUCACACCAGCACUCGAGCUGUUGAUCAUCUGGGUGAAUUAUUAAAACAGAUUGCAAAUGGAUCUUCAGUUUUGAGUGAGCUUAGACUUCACAGAACUAAGUGUUCGAGAUUGAUUGCCAGAGUAAUUGCUCCUUGUUUUUUAAAAGAAUUAUUAAGAGAUGUUGGAGAAAGUUAUUUUUCAAUAAUUUGCGACGAAUCUACCGAUGUUUCGGUUCACAAGUUUAUGGCAUUAUGCAUCAGAUACUAUAGCUAUGAAAAAGGAGAAAUGAUUACCGAUUUUUUAGGAAUUGUAGAAGUGACACAAACUACAGCAGAAAAAUUAUACGAAGUUUUUAAACUUUUUAUAAAAGAGGUUGGAGUAAAAUUAGAGCGAAUGAUUGGUUUAGGAACUGAUGGUGCACCUAACAUGUGCGGAGCACACAAUUCUUUAUAUGCUUAUUUAAGAAAAAAUAAUAGUCCUUUUCUUCAAUUAUUGAGAUGUGUUUGUCAUGUUCUGGACAAUGCUUGCUCAGCCGCUAGUAAAGUGCUUCCGUCGUCAUUGGAAUAUUUAAUUAGAGAAUCCACAAAUUGGUUUUCGUUGAGCGCUCUUCGCAAAGAUCACUAUUCGACUCAUUACCAGAAUCUUCACUGUGGUCAAAAUCCCCCACUCUUAAUAAAAUUUGCAAAAACUCGAUGGCUCUCCUGGUAUGGAGCAGUGUCGCGUCAUUUGGACCAGUAUAUGCCUCUAAAAUCUCAUUUUGAGGUGGUUGCUGCAUACAUCUUUCGAAAAAUGUCAUACUGCUAA